GUCAUGACCUUAAAAUUAGGUCAAUACAUGAGGCAUGGCAGAAAAACAAAACAGGGUUGCUGAGGAUGUGGUGGAAUAUUGUCUUUUCCCGUUAUUAUCAGAGUCCGAAAACGGUUCUGAUGACAUUAAAAAUUUGCAACAAUGUAUAAAUUCGUUUCUUACAUUCCUUAGUCCAACAUUGAUCGACGUGAUCUGGCAAAAUGAAGGCUUCAAACUGAAAGCUGUAGAGGAAAAAGGUAGUAGUCCUGUCCAUUUACUUGGAGAGACAAACUUCGGAGAGAAUGUUCAAGAUGAAUGGUUCAUUGUAUACUUGAUCUUCCAGCUGACCAAACAUUUCACAGGACUUGUUGCUAAGAUACGUGACAGUGACGAAGAAUUUUUACUGAUUGAGGCAGCUGAUGGUCUUCCAAAAUGGCUGAAUCCAGAAUCUGCUGAAAAUAGGGUCUACAUCUAUAAUGGUGAAUUACACAUCAUUCCAAUCCCACAAUCCCCCGCUGAUGUAGCGGCAUUCCCUCGCUCUAUAACAAGUAUCGGCGAUGCUGUGGAAUGUGUUAGAACAUAUUCAGAACAGACUCGAGCUUCAAAACAAAUACAAACUGCAAUAAACAACAGAAUCAAAAAUUUUCCAGACUUGAUGUCGGAGCAUACACACUAUGCCCACUGUUACAUUCCAGCAUCUAUUGCUGCAGUGUUGGAUGAGAAGCCCCAGCUCAUUGCUCCUGCUGUCAGGGCUUUCUACUACAGAGAUCCCAUUGAUUUAAAGUGCUGCAGAACAUUUCAGUACUUCAGACCGGGGACAAGAGUUGUGCACAGGACUCGCCUAACCCGGUGCCUGUAUGCACAGUUAGUCCAUCAAAAUUUCCAGCCAGACAAGAGAAGUGGUUGGGUUAUUCCCAGCACAUCCAGUCCAAAGUUCCGAUCCCAUGACCUUGGCAUGAAGCUUGCUCAUGGCUUUGAAAUAAUGUGCCAUAAAUCUGAGUCAGGUGGUAACCAUAGCAACAUAAAUGAUGACCAGCCUACCAGUGGUGUAAGAUGGCAGCAGUAUAUACAGACACUUAAAGAUAAAAACUACUUCAGGGGAGAACUUGAAGGGUCCGUUUUGUAUGAACAGCUGAUGGGAAAUGCAAGAAAAUUUUACAAGGAAAAUUUCAGACAUAGCAAUAGGGGAGACGAUCCUGGUGCAGAAGUGCUUCACUUAUUGAAGACACUGGAUGUUGAUAUUGAAGGAAGACGUAGAGCAGAGCAAUAUCUUGAAUCUCCAGAUGAUGAUUCCUGGAUGAACCUGACACCAGAAUCUCUGGAUGAGAUGAUGCGAGAGAGAAGUGGUAACUAUGGUAACCAGGAGGAUACUGACAACGUAUUUGAUCUUGGUAAAAUAGCGGACAGCAUGAAAGCAUUUGUUGGCAAUGUCUCUAGUGCAGAUGGUGCAGAGUUCCCUAGUGCAGGAGAUGAUGUUGAAGAAGAUGAAACUCAGUUUGAGGACAGCUGUAGUGACUCGAGUUCGGACAUGGAUGAGUACGGCUGGGAGGAGGAUGAAGAGGGUAAAACAUCUUCCUCUAAACAUGCCAGGAUCAAACGUCCCCCAUCACUCGAUAAAUACAUGGACAUCAUGGACAAAGAACUUUCCAAAACUGAUGUUGGCAAAAGUUUUGAAAAACAGAAAAAGAAAACAGAAAAGGAUACACCUGGCAAGGUACAGACUCCAGAUAAAGAUAUCAAUGAGGAAGAUGAUGAUUUCCAACCUGUAGACAUCGACUUGAACACAGUGAAAAACUUACUUGAAUCCUAUGGAGCACAGGAGGGACUGGCUGGCCCAACAUCUAACAUUCUAGGCAGUAUGGGUGUCACCAUUCCACCAAAUAUGGACAACAUUGAAAAUGGAGAGAAUACAAAUAUUCCUUCAAAAAUAAAUGCUGAGAAAAAGCCUAUGCCAAAACCGAGGCCAAAACCGGCUGCAAGAACCUCUACAAACACUACGCAGAAAGCAGCCCCUCCCAGACCUCCUCCACCCCGUGCUGCUCGCACUCCACGUGCAAGAUUGGACAGUAAAGAGACUGAUGUCUAAAUGUUAAUGCAUGAAAAAUCUUUCAAAUUUGUCUGAUAAUUGGCUUAAUGAUGUGAUCAAGAUAUAUUCUGAUUCAUUAUAAUAUUACUGACAUUUAUUGGAGGUUGUGAGAAAUUAAUGUGAAGUUUUCUGUUUUUCUUUGCACAUUUUCCAACAGUAUUCAUUUGUUAAUGAGUUAGAUAUAUAAGGAAACAACAGACUUUGUUAAGAUUCUAGAGGGCAUGUUUUUAUUAGUGAAAUUUUAUUUUUCUAAGUCAGAUGUUUUUCCUGUGAACUAUGCUUUAUGCCCCUACAGAUUUCAGAGACUUCCUGUGCAAAAACCUUGUUUACAUAUUACAAUAAGAAAUUGCCAAAAUAUACUUUGAAAUUUAGAACAAUUGUCAUGUACCGGUGGUAUAUACUGUGCUAGUUUUUGCGAGCCAUACAAGAAAUGAUAGAUAGAAUAAAAUCCUUCAGUGUUUUGACAGAAACCAGAAUGAUGUUGUGUAGGAUGUUGACUCUGAAUGUACAUGGCUUUUUCUUGGUUUCUCUUUUAAGUAUUAGACAAUACCAUCCAGCCUAAAGACUUCAAGGGUGGUCAUAGGAACUUGUUAAUUUUUAGUUUAAACAUUUCAUCCAUUUUAGAAACAAAAAACUUCAUUUCUUGAUGGAUUGUUAUAAAACAUUUAGGAUAUCUUAUGCAUUUGAAUGUAAAACUUUUGUCACAGAAAGCCCCUGGAGACCUUCAGAAUAAUGGAUGUUGCAAAAUUAAAGCUGCAUUGUCAUGUUAUACCCCAGUUUUUUAUUUGAUUGGUCAAACAGUAUGCUAAGCUGUCAUGUAUUGGAAUUUUUGUCGACAGUUUUUCUUGUUUUUCUUUGUUUUAAUGCUCACUUGCAUCUCUAGUAUAUAAAUCAAGUGCUAUAUAUGUUUUUCUUGUUUUUCUUUGUUUUAAUGCUCACUUGCAUCUCUAGUAUAUAAAUCAAGUGCUAUAUAUAUAUAUAUAUAUAUAUAUAUAUAUAUAUAUAAUCUUUACAUCAAUUUACAUAUUAUUUUAUCGCGUAGACAUACAUGUAUAUUAUGAUUGAUUUCCAGUUGAACCGAGCCAAUAAGUAUUUCAUUUAGCCUAUUCCUAGGUUUGUUUACCAUAUUUUUACACAUCUUAUUAUGAACUUCUUUUUGUCUUUUCUGUAUUUUUGUGCUAUGGCCAGAUACUGCGUAUUAAUAUUCACCUUAGAGACAUUUGCUUCUCUAGUUUGUAGCCUUAAUAAUAAUGAGCCGUGCCAUGAGAAAACCAACAUAGUGGGUGUGCGACCAGCAUGGAUCCAGACCAGCCUGCGCAUCCGCGCAGUCUGGUCAGGAUCCAUGCUGUUCGCUUUUAAAGCCUACUGCAAUUAGAGAAACCAUUAGCGAACAGCAUGGAUCCUGACCAGACUGCGCGGAAGCGCAGGCUGGUCUGGAUCCAUGCUGGUCGCAAACCCACUAUGUUGAUUUUCUCAUGGCACGGCUCAAUUAUUGUUAAUAGACAACUUGUUUUGCUUCUUUUCUGUAAUACAGCUUUUUAGGCCUUUUAUAUUUAUCUGGUCCUCAGUUGAGAUAAAUUUCAGUUAGGAAUAGGUUUAGAACAUUAAAUUUUUCUCCCAAGUAUUUAGAUUUAUUUUUAAAGCUCAUCAUUCCAAACCUGUUUGUUUAUCAUGAAGGUGUUGCCACUUUCCCCUGAAAACUGUGUACAUGCACAUUUUCUUCUUUAAAACAUAUUUGUAAUACUUGAUUGAUUUUCAGUAGUAUGCAUGCAUCAACAAGUUUACAGGAUAGCUUUUCAGUAAUAUAUCUGUAAGUUCAUGGCUGUACACUCUAUAAUGCAUGGUGUUUGUUGACCACGGGAACAAUUAAAAAACAGAUUUUAUUGCCUAUGUAUCAGCUUGCCUGUAAGUCAUAACAUGAAAUGCAUUUGACACUACUUGUGUUGAUGUGUUGUCAUAUAAGAGGCCAGGUGCUAGGACAGCUUUAAUAUCUGAUGGCCAGUUAACAGCAGGUAUCAGUCAGUGAUUAUGAUAUCCUGAUUCUUUCAUAGAUUUAUGAUAGAAUGAAGAAUGUGGAAAAAUAAAUUGUUUAGAAAUAAAUAUAUAUCUACAUUUCUAUCAUUCAACUAUAGUCGAGUUUUAAACUAACAGACAUAAUGAAAAUUGUACAGCAUAUCUGGUAGGAAUUCCUCUCUAGAUAAAGUGAUCCGACCCACUUGUUCCAAGGUGUUUAUCCAGAUUUUUUUGCGAACACCACUUCAAGGCUGGUUCCCAGAUAUUACUCCAGUCCCAUGUGAAGACCACUUGCAAGCUGAUUCCUAAUUUUGUUCGAUGAAAUUUACAAGUUGAAGCAUUAAUUAGUCACAUAAUUUCAGGGAAUUCCUUUUUGCUCUUAUUUUGUUCAUUGACCAUAAAUGUUAUAGUCAUUACUGAAUCAUGUUCAAAUGUGUAUAUUUUGUUUUUGUAGUUUAUAAAACUUCUUUUGCUUGUAUGUGUGUUUGUAAAAUCUGUAUUGUGUAUUUUGUUAUUUUGUUUACUGUGAAACCAAGUUUCAGUUUCAGAAGAUCAUUUUAAGUAUAUACUCUGCUCUAAAACUAAUGGACAGCUUGUAAACCAGUGCUUAACUUUAUUUGCUUUGUUAAUUUUUUUUUUAGAUUAACUGUAAAGUUCAUGGAACAAGUUUCAUAUUACUGUAUUUACAUUUUUCGGUUGUAUUUGGGUCCAAGGCCUUCAUUGCAAUACUUGAUCUUUACUUUUAUAUGGUGUCAUUUGUUGGGGAAAGACUUCAAGCUGUUUUAGGGUAACAGACAUCAUACUGAAGGUACCAGUGGUCGUUAAGCUUAACAGAUACUUGAGGUUAAAUAGAAGUUACAGUGUUUUGUUUAUUAGAUAAAUAGUGGGUAUGUUUUCAGGGAUACUUUCCUUUUGAAAAUUAGAAAAAAAAACAACAGAAUAUUUCUUUAAAGAAAACAAAUAUUUUCCUCUCUGAUAAGGAUUGUUGAUUUAAGUAACAAGACAGAGUUAGUUUUUGCACAAGAAAAAUGUUUUUGAAUGUAUUAAAUAAUGGCCUGGCCUAGAAACUGUUCUUGAAUCACUCCAUGUGCCAUAUAGACAAUAAUUACGCUACUGCUAAAUUCAGUUUCUGCUUCACAAGAUAGUGUGUGUAUAUAUCUGUAUUGGUGCACAAGUUGGCAUGUUUGUAUUGGUGCAAACUAACUUUUGUGUUCAAAAGUGUCUGCUUAUGUCUAUAAUAUGUAAUGCUAGUCAUUAGAAAUACGAGAUUUUCCUCUAUACUGAGAACAAAAUGAUACAGACCAUUUCUGGAGGGUCAAACAGAUAACUGGCAUUGUUAUUCUCUAUAUUCAUUGAGCUAGGACAGUUUUACUGUGUAUUCAGUGAGCUAGGACAGUUUUACUGUGUAUUCAGUGAGCUAGGACAGUUCUACUGUGUAUUCAGUGAGAAAGGACAGUUUUACUGUGUAUUCAGUGAGUUUUACUGUGUAUUCAGUGAGUUUUACUGUGUAUUCAGUGAGAAAGGACAGUUUUACAUUCUUCCUUGAUCUGUAAGGUAUUUAUAGAAACAGUUGGGAGAUUGGCUGAUCUUUAGUGUUGUUAACCUCUUUUUAAGUAGAUAACAGAAUCUGAAAAUGUGUACAUUUGUAUAAAUGUCUAUGCCACAUAAAAUAGUCCCAGACAUUUUCCUGAUGUUGCUGAUGAAGCACAACAGUGAAUUGAUGAGACCUUAUAGUGGCACCCAUUUGCAAUACAAGCCUACAUUUAUUCAGUAUAUCAUUUUCUUAUAUGAAACAUUACUUGUAAAUAAUUGAUGAGUAGUGCUGCAAAUAUUCACAGAAUGUUUUGUUUAGUACCUAACAUUAUAUCUCUGUAAAACCUAGAAUUCUUGUUAACUGGGUUGAACCAGAGUAAAGUCAAUGACAAAGGGUCAUCAGACAUUUUCUUUCUUGUAGUAGAUAGUGCAAUACAUAUAUCUUUACAUAAAUUUAGCCUUUUUUACUUAGCUUUUAGAACUUCAACUCUAAUUAUGAGAUUCUCUUUUCAGUGUUGACAUACUUGACUAGCGAUACCUAACUCCUUAAUACUAGUCCUGCCAUGAAUUCAUUUGUAAAUAUUCAUAAAGUUCUGGACAAGUACAGUGUCAAGGAACAAAUAGGAUCUAAACAAAUCCUAAUGUAUCUGAAAUAAAAAUUCUCCAAGAACAGGAACGUUUGAUAAUUCAUGUAACAAUCUCUGGCAGGAUUUUAUAAAAAGAAAAAACUGUGCUUAAAUAUCAUUACAAUUUUACAAAACUGUCUGACAUUAGAACGUGAUAUUCUAAACUGAUGUAUGACCUUUUUGUGUACUCUUUUUCUUCCAAGUUGUAAAUAUAGUUGAGAAAGUUCAAAAUGACAAAAAUGUGCAAAAUUUUAAUAGGCAGUGUUAGUUUAGAGAAGUUGAAGUUGGCUGUCACUGGUAUAGAAAAAUUGUGGUUAACAGUUACUUCCCCAUUUUUAUUGUUGCCUAGAAGCAGAAUAAUAACUGCAUAGUAUGCCUUGCCGUGUUGUUCUAAGGAAUCUGCAGUUUGUUAGAUAGCUUCUUAUGAAUAAAACAUGUGAAUAUGUCUGAAUAGCAUAACUUGUGAAACAUUUAAUACUUUACAUGUUCCAGUGUAUUUUUAGAAAUUCAUGUGUUUUCCAUGCCAGUCUGUUUCUUUAUAUGUUUGUAAAACUGUAAGAAUUUUUUUUGAAAAAAGUGACAUUUAAUUAGAGUAUGAAUUAUGACUUAAAUGUUUAUUUCUUGCCAGCUUUCAUAAAUAUAUUAGCUAAACUGGACCAUGCAAAAACUGCACAAAUAUUUAUGUUUUCAGUGUUCGAAAUUCGCGGUAGUCCGACAGCCCGUGGCUACCAAAUUUCAGCUCGGGCUACCGAUUUUCCGCAGGUACAAGUCCGACCAGGCUACCGAAUUUUCCUAAUUUGUUUAAAAAAUCAUGCUAAUUAAACGAGUACUGCAUCGUGAUUUUCCAGACUGAGAAACACUUAUGGAAUUAUUGUUGGUGUUUGCACUCUCACAUGUUGACAAUCAAACACAGUGUAACCGCAGCGCUAAUUGGCUGAAUACAAUCACCUCUUGUGUAACGGAUAAUUUGACUAGCUUUCACACUUCUCGCGAAAAUCUCACAAGUACCUGCAGUAGGCGGAGCUUAAAUUAUGCUAUUAGCGUGUGUGUAAAUGUGUAUUCAGCACUCGUUAUUACAUCUUGCAAAUUGUCAACAGUCCGAGUUGCAGUAAUUGGCGGGUGCGGAUCCUAAAAAAUCGGGCGCAACAGUUUAGAUUUCGUUUUGGCAAGGAGUGUCAUGUCCGAUGCUUUUGGACUCUGACGAUGCUGAUCUGGACUGGAGUAUUUCGAGUUAGAAUUUUUCAAAAAGAUGGCAAACAUCUUUUUUAUUACUUCAAACAUGCAUACAGAUGUCUGUAAAACAAAAUGUUAUAUGGUGCAAAAAUUAUGUAUUUUAAGGUAAAUUGGUGUCUGGCUUGGAAAAUUUCCAAUCUGGUAGCCCGAACGGGCUAGUGGAUUCAGAUCUGAAUUUCGUACACUGUGUUUUAAAUUGUGUUUGAGAAUCCAUCAGUUUUUAAGAAAAUAGCCACAACCUUGUUGAAGCAUUGAAAUGUUAAAUUUCCCAACUGCUCGUUUUGCUUACAGGCUGAAAUUGAAGUUUGCAUUAAGGUGAAUAGUCUGUGUAUGAUGACACAGUAUAGAUAUGUCUAUCUGAAUGUUACUAGGGCUCCAGUAUACCCUCAACUGUAUCUAAACAGCCCAGCUUUUUAGGUAUUUUGGCAUACACUUGAGAACCUUAUUUUCAACAAUGUAAUGACUGUGUGUAAACUUAUAAAAUUAAGCUGAAUAUGAAUGAUUUUUCUUACACAUUAUGUAACACAGAAAAGUUACCACUCUAACAGCAUUAUUUUUUAUGCACAUUUUAUCAGUACAGUCCAAUCUCGAUAUCUCGACUUGGUUAUUUCGAUAUCUCGUGUGGAUUUUUCCGGUCCCAAUUUUUUUCCAUCUUAUCUUAUAUAAAUCAACUACGGAUAUCUCGAUUUUAUUUUUGGAUUUUUUUCACUAUCUCGACUAAAUUUUCAGUUGCCAACUUUGAAUUUUACUCUAUUUGGACAUCGGUUAUCUCGAGUGGACAUUAAUCGUCUGCCAAAUGAGGUGCGAAAAACUGCACAUGCUUGUAUUCGCUAAAUUGUUGUCUGUCGCUGGGGGUGUGAAAACAACACGCACAGUUGUUCACUCAAUGAUCCUGAUUACAACCCGAAACCAAUUAACCGGCUCUAAUGUGUCAAUAAUUGUUUGCAAUGUAAGUUCUGUAACAUGCUGUAACAUGCGGAUUGAGUAAUUUGUAUUCAAUUGUGUCAGACUGAGUGAAUUUAAUUGUAAAAUUUAUAAACACCAAGAAUUGAAGAUUCUGUCCAAUUAACACCGUGUCUUUGUUACUGACACAUCAGAUAUUCUUCACGAAUAAUCACAAAAACAGAUAAGAUCUACCUUUCAGUAUUGUCAAGCUGUCAUGUCGGAGGGCGGGAGUCGAAAGACUAGCAAAAUAACCAGAAGUUGAGAUAACACUGAUGAAAUGAUUCAACAGUGCAAGGUCACAAAACAUCAGCGUCAGUGUAGUUUUCAACGUAUAUUUAUCAACACAAAACUUUAUUACCCCACCUACCAAGCUAAGUUGACCUUCGGUCAUCUCGAUUUUUCUAUAUCUUGCCUUCUUUUCCUUGGUCCCAAUGAAGUCGAGAUAUCGCAAUUUGACUGUAUAUGCAUUAGAGUAUUUUUCUUGGAUCAAAUUUUCAGAAAGCAUAGAUUAGGCAUUUUUAAUGUCCUUGAGUAUAGUAUAAAAAAUUGAAAUGAGUAAGGACAUUAGGACAUCUUUUUUAUGAAAUUUUUAAAGGUUAGAUGCGGUGUUCUUAAUGUUCUUAGAUGCAGAGACAAUACCUUGAUUAAAUGUGUUGAAAUUGUAUUACAUUAUCGCACUGGUAUUUAACUAAUGCACUUUAUACAGACACAUAUUUUGUGUUAGUUCUUCUGCCUUGGAAAUAUUGAUGCAUCAAGAAAUAUGUCCUAGAUUUCAUUCUGAAUAGCCUUUUGUAGGGUUUGACAUGCAAGAUCUUACAGCUGUAUGUGAGAUUUAAUUAUAAGAAAGAAAACAGUAACAUUUUUACACAUGUACAAAAUAAUAAUGCUCUAUCUUAAUUCAUAUACAGUCUCUGCUUACAUUUAAUGGUAAAAUAUGCUUGUCAAUCUUGGUAGGAUAAACUAGGGUAUAGAUACAUUUUCUAGGCAGAAAACUACUUUUCUACUCACCUACUGGUUUAUUACUAUAUGCAUAAUAAAGAAAUUGUUAUAUUCAAUAUUUUAUUUCAUACAGUUUUAAAACUAAAUGCAAUAUCACAGAUUUUUUCUACAGAAUAAACUCUCAAAAUCUU